GGCCACACAGCCCGUGAGUGGCACAGAAAGCAGACUGGCUCCUGGGUCUGUGCUCUUAGCCACCACCAAGUGCUGCCUCUCCCAGCGGCUCUCUUUCCCAGCGGAGACACUCUGGACCGAGCCCGACGGUGUCACCCAGGGAGCCCAGAGCCAUGCGGAGUCUCGGGGCCCUGCUGCUGCUGCUGACCGCCUGCCUGGCGGUGAGGGCCAGCCCUGUGCCGACACAGCCCAACGACAUCCAAGUGCAGGAGAACUUCGACCUUUCCCGGAUCUACGGGAAGUGGUUCCUCGUGGCCGUGGGCUCCACCUGCCCGUGGCUGAAGAGGUUCAAGGACAAGAUGACCGUGAGCACGCUGGUGCUGGGGGAGGGAGCGACCAAGAGGGAGAUCAGCACGACCAACAUUCAUUGGCGGAAAGGUGUCUGUGAGAAGUUCUCUGGGACUUAUGAGAAAACCAGCACUGAUGGAAAGUUCCUCUAUCACAAAUCCAAAUGGAACAUGACCAUGGAGUCCUACGUGGUCCACACCAACUAUGAUGAGUAUGCCAUUUUUCUGACCAAGAAAUUCAGCCGCCGCCAUGGACCCACCAUUACUGCCAAGCUCUAUGGGCGGGAGCCAGAGCUUCGGGAGAGUCUGCUGGAGGAGUUCAGGGAGGUUGCCCUGGGUGUGGACAUCCCUGAGGACUCCAUCUUCACAUUGCCCAAUAGGGGUGAGUGUGUCCCUGGGGAACAGGAACCAGAGCCCACUCCACUCUCGAGAGCCCGGCGGGCUGUGCUGCCCCAAGAAGAGGAAGGAUCGGGGGCUGCACUACCAGUAACUGAUUUCAGCAAGAAGGAAGAUUCCUGCCAGCUGGGCUUCUCACAAGGUCCUUGCCUGGGGAUGAUCAAGAGGUAUUUCUAUAACGGCUCAUCCAUGGCCUGCGAGACCUUCCACUAUGGUGGCUGCAUGGGUAACGGCAACAACUUCGUCUCGGAGAAGGAGUGUCUGCAGACCUGCCGAACUGUGGAGGCCUGCAACCUCCCCAUAGUCCCCGGCCCCUGCCGAAGCACCAUCCGGCUCUGGGCAUUUGAUGCUGUCCGGGGGAAGUGCGUCCCCUUCUUCUAUGGGGGCUGCAAGGGCAACGGCAACCAGUUCUACUCGGAGAAGGAGUGCAAGGAGUACUGUGGAGUCCCUGGUGAAGGGGACGAGGAGCUGCUGCGCAUCUCCAACUGACCGGCCAGAGGUCCACGGGACAGCAGGGAGGGCGUGGGCCAGUGUCUGCCCCAGUGCCCCACGGCAGGUUCCAAUAAAAACCAAAUUGUAGACUCCUGAA